GUACUGAAUCAUCUUCUAAUCUCUUCUCUUCACAACUUACCUUCAUUUCUGUCUUUCACGACUCUGAAACUAUUUAACUUCCAACAUUACAGUAACACGCAAAUGAAGAAAAUAGUGUUGAAGGUGGACUUUCACGCUGAGAGAAUCAAGCAAAAGGCCACGAAAACAACCUCAGGCAUUUCAGGGGUUGAGUCAGUGAACGUGGACACGAAGGACAAGAAAUUAACCGUCAUGGGAGACAUCGACCCAGUUAACGUGGUGGGAAAGCUAAGGAAGUUGUGUCGUACAGAGAUAGUGUCAGUGGGACCAGCCAAAGAGUCUGACAAGAAAGCAGAAAGAAGAUAGAGAAUAUAGCUAAAGCGAUUGUGCCAGCUCCUCUGCUACAGCCAUGUUUAUUAUCCGCCACCCCGUUAUGUUGGAACUGUGGAUGAGUAUCCUAAUAGUGACUGUGUCAUCUGCUAAACUUUGAACGCAUGAAAGUGGUGAAGAAAAUAGAGAAAUAUGGGGAAGUGUAUGGUUUUGAGAAUAGAGUUGUGGUGCUUUGUCCUCUUUUUUGGUUAAAAAAAAAAACAACUUAAAAAAAAAGACUAUAGGUGUGUGUGUAUACUAUGUAACAUCCUCUCUCCGGUGUUUAGAAUUAUUUUUGGAUUGAAAGAUAAUAUAGCUCGUGUUUAAGAUAGUUUUAAAUAGUUUGGAAUUGAGGAAAAAUUGUGACAUUUAAGUUUUGUGACUUAAUUAAUGUGAGGAAAAAAUUAUUCUAUGAAAAUUU